AAACCAAACGGGACACUUCACAACAGAUCACUGACCACAAUGCUUCCUGCUGAAAUGGAGAAAAGAGCAGAAACAUCUCAGCACUCUUCAAGAUCUGCACGGACAAAGAGAGAGCCGUCGCCUUCUGCAAAAGAGAGAAAAACCAAAGCAUCCAAAUCUGUAAAGCUCCAAGAGCCUCACAAAAGAAAAGAGAAACCAGCAACGACAGAAGAAGAGGAAGCUAAAGAUGCUCAGAUCAUCUCCAGCAGCACGGUUGUAAACGUAGACAGUGUGAGGGAGCGGAUAAAAGAAGAACGAGAGGAGUUAUUAGCAUUAUUGGAGACUGAGGGACCUGGAGAAGGUCUAAAGAAGAAAUACCUUGGAGUUUGUGAGCUGCUUCUCAUCGUUUUGGUCCUGUCUAUGGUGAUCCUCUUCUUCCCGAUUUCAAUAUGGUUCUGUGUAAAGAUUGUGAGAGAACACGAGAGAGCCGUCAAAUUUCGGUUGGGACAUCUUUUACAGAGGAGACCCAGGGGCCCUGGGCUGAUGUUUUAUCUCCCGUUUUUGGAUGUGUGCCAUAUAGUGGACAUUCGUUUGAAAAUACUGAAGAUUCCUCCUCAUAUGGUGGUGACCAAAGAUCUGGUGUGUACAGAAGUGACUGCGGUGUGUUAUUAUCGCAUUGAGAACGUCUCUGUGUGUUAUUCCUCCUUCGCCAGCAUCCCAGACAUGGUGCAGGCUCUGACACAAGUAUCUGUUAGAGAGAUACUGGCACAUCAUGCCUUCACUGACAUUUUGCUGGACAGGAAGCGAAUCGCCCAGGAGAUUCAGGUCACGUUAGAUUCAGGAACCUGCAGGUGGGGUAUCAAAGUGGAAAGAGCGGAAAUAGAAGAGAUCAAUCUUCCACCAGAGCUGCAACAUAACUUCGCUGUGGAAGCCGAAGCAAGACGUCAGGCACAAGUUAAAGUGAUCGCUGCAGAGGGAGAAAAGGCGGCAUGUGAGGCUCUGAAGGCGUCUGUAGAGUCUGUCUCUGGUUCUCCUCUGGUCAUGCAUCUACGACUCCUGCAGCUCCUGCACAGCCUGCGUUCUGAGCAGCCCGCCGUGGUCCUCAACAUACCGCCUGAUGUCCUGACCCAAUCCAUCGAUCUCGCUAGUUUAACCGGACCUGCUAAUCAAAGCAUGACCACAGGUGACGGCUCAGAUGAUGGAACCAAAGACUCGCCCAUGAUGUAAAGACAAUUUUACUGUUCAUUUAUUUGACUUAAGUUAUUAUUGAAAUUCACUUUAUUUCAAUAUUAUUCUGGUUAUUGGCUGAUAUUCUACAUUGUUUAAAUUUAUCGGUAUUGGUCGACAGAUUUCCUUUGCAUCAUCUAACAAUCAAAUAUUCAAGAUUUA